AUGACAUCUAAAUUAGAUAAUCCUCCACCCUAUGAAGACGCACUGCAACAUCCCAAGUACGAGCCCUACCACCUGCAGCAUGGUUCAGCUGACCCGCCGCCUCCAUCCUACAGUCCUGGCCCUGACAUGUACGCCGGCCCUCCUGGCUACUGGAGCCAGGGCGGCAUGCGGGCAGCGCCUGGCCUCUCUCCAUCUGGGAUGCCCACCACAAUACCCACUCUGUCUGCCGGGGUGCCCGCAACCAACCCAAGAGAAAUGGAGGGUUUUCUGAGCUCGCAGUGGGAGAGUACAUCUGUUCGACAUGCUUUCAUCAGAAAGGUGUACUUAAUUUUAGCAGCUCAGCUCACUGUUACCUUUUCGGUUGUGGCAAUCUUUACAUUUGUAGAUCCUGUGAAGAUGUUUGUCAUCAGGUAUCCUGGAAUCUACUGGGCAUCCCUGGUGGUUUACUUCAUGGUUUACUGCAUUCUCAUCUGCUGUAAAGAGCCAAGGAGGCGCUUUCCAUGGAAUCUAGUGUUGCUGGGAGUAUUUACUGUUGCCCUGUCUUACAUGUCUGGAACAAUCUCAAGCUAUUAUGAAACAAAAGCAGUCUUUCUUGCCAUGGGAAUAACAGCCUUAGUUUGUGUAACUGCCACAGUCUUCUGCUUUCAAACCAAGGUUGACUUCACUUCCUGCGGGGGAUUUCUCUGUAUUGCUGCCAUUCUGCUCCUCAUCAUCGGGACUGUGACAGCUAUCGUGCUCUCCUUCCACUAUGUGCCUUGGCUUCAUAUGCUCUAUGCUGCCAUUGGAGCCAUCGUUUACACCUUGUUUUUAGUAUACAACACGCAGCUUCUCAUCGGAAACCGGGAGUUGGCGAUAAGCCCAGAAGAGUACGUUUACGGAGCAUUGUCUCUCUACAUUGACAUUGUUCACAUUUUCCUCUUCAUCCUCCAAAUUAGUGGUUCUGCUGCUGAAUAA